AUGGCUAAUGUAAACGACGAAGUUGAUAUUUACUUGGCAGAUUUAUUUGCUAGUGAGAGAGGGAAAGUAGGUUUAGAAGUUGGUGUGGAUCCAGGUUUAUCAAAAUCUGAAUAUAUACAUAUACCUAAACUUACAUCAAAAUCAAAAGAAUACAUUAUAGUUGAUGAUCCAAUCGCUUUCCACCCUUCGUCAGAUGCGUUUUUCGAAUUCGCGAAGCGAUACCACAGUAAUGCUUGGACAGCAGCUGCUGCAAAAACAACUAGUUGGCGACGAAGCAAUCAUGCCACGGGAGCUGAGAUUGCUACAGAGUUUCCAAAACGAUGGUUAAUGAAGGAAGGCUACUGGGAUUCAGAUCAAGGCAAAGCAACAAGAAUUCAGAAACAAAAGAACGCAACAUCAGCAUUUUACAUAGCCACCCAUGCUGUUUCUGUACACUCUGUAUUGGCAUUGAUGGUGCCUGCGACUAAAGUGCAUUGGGCAUAUAUCGAUCCAAGCUUUGGUUGUAUAACAUCUUGGGACGUAAGAGCAUCAACAACAGUUCGAAUGGUACCAAAUAGU